UCCUUUUCAGUCUGCUUUGUAGAGAUCUCCAUUGUUGCUUCAUAAUCUAUUAUGUACAACUAAUUUCGCAAAAUAGCAUUGUGAAAAGGAACCUUUUUCUGGGUCCUUCAUUUUUCACAUUGAUAUUUUCUAAAGUCAUCCAUAUAUGGGAUAACUUGUAGUUGUUUAUCAAUGUGCAUUAUAAUUUCUAGUCUGAAAAAGGAAAUUGGGUUUAUAGACAGGAAUUGUUUCAACUCAAAUUCCAGGUGUCCCACGUGAAAGAAUCCAGUGAGAAGUUGUUGUUUUAGUAGCUUAUAAAUUUUCCGGGAAAAAGUUUUCCAAGUAGCCAAGCACAUUUUUUCUUUUCUUGGGGUGGAAAAGAAGAGUCGAAGAUGUUGUGUGCAUGUUCAGGAGAGCAAUUUAAGUUGGAAGAGCCACCACAGUCGCCGGAGUCACUCGCCACGAGAGACUUCUCGGCGAGUGGUCUUUCGUCUAGAACCGGAGAUUGGGAAUCAAAGUUUGAGGACAUUCAAGUGGAUGAGGCUGAAUCCACUCUCAAAGAAGCUCUUUCCUUGAAUUAUGAGGAAGCCAGGGCUUUGUUAGGGAGGCUUGAGUACCAAAGGGGAAAUUUUGAAGCUGCACUUCUGGUGUUUCAAGGCAUUGAUAUAAAGGCUUUAACCGCAAGAAUGACCAAGGCCAUUGUUGAGAGAACUAGGCAGAGAAAACCGCGUUCUAAAGGUGGUGAUGUUGUGCCUUCUGGUAUAAUGUCCAUGCACUCUGUUAGCCUUCUUGUUGAAGCUAUAUUGCUCAAGGCAAGAUCAUUGGAUGAACUUGGAAGACAUAUAGAUGCUGCAAAGGAGUGCAAAAUAAUUCUUGAUACAGUCGAGUUGGCGCUGCCUAAUGGAAUGCCUGAGGGCUUUGGUGAAGACUGCAAAUUGCAGGACAUGUUUCACAAAGCAUUAGAGUUGCUCCCAAAUCUGUGGACAAAGGCAGGGUUUCUUGACAAUGCCAUUAUUGCGUAUCGCCGGGCUCUUGUAAAGCCAUGGAAUUUGGAUGCCGAGAGCUUGGCUGCUGUACAAAAAAGCUUAGCAGCCACAUUACUCUAUGGUGGUGUUGAAACAAACCUUCCUCUUCAGUAUCAAGUGUGGGGUACAACUACCCCUAAAAAUAGUAUGGAGGAAGCAAUCCUUUUGUUGUUGAUACUCAUGAGAAAGGUGGCAUUGCAUGAGAUAAAAUGGGAUCCGGAAAUUGUGGAUCACUUAACUUAUGUGCUUUCGGUUUCUGGACUAUUCGAACUAUUAGCCGAGCAUGUGGAGCAGAUUCUUCCUGGAAUUUAUAACCGGGCCGACAGAUGGUACUUCCUUGCUCUAUGUUAUAGUGCUGCAGGCCAGAAUGAAGUAGCCUUGAACCUUUUGAAAAAGGUUGCGGGCUGUUCAGAAGUAAACCACAUAUCCCGGUUUCCUUCUUUUCUCUACGGAGCAAAGCUGUGUUCUCAAGAUCCCAUUCAUGCUCAGGAAGGGAUAGAGUUUUCUCGCAAAGCAAUCAAUUUGGCCAACAAUCAGUAUGAGCAUUUCAGGGGCCAAGCCCAUAAGUUCCUUGGUGUUUGUUUUGGCAAUGCAGCUAGAGCUUCUGUGUCGGAUUCCGAAAGACUUAUUUUUCAAAGAGAGUCUUUGCAUGCUCUAAACAAUGCUGCUCUUGGUGAGAAGAAUGAUCCUGAAGUACUAUUUAGCCUUAGUCUAGAAAAUGCUGUGCAAAGGAAUCUAGAUGCAGCUUUCGACAGCGCAAUGACAUACACUGGUAUGGUGGCUGGCAGCACAGGACGUGGGUGGAAGCUUUUAGCCCUCGUCGUCUCUGCGAAGCAGAAGUUCGAGGAUGCCGAAACAAUAGUUGAUUUUGCUUUGGACGAAGCUGUGAGAACGGAUCAAUUAGAACUUCUCAGGUUGAAAGCUGUGCUACAAGUUGCUCAGGAACAGCCCAAACGAGCAAUAGAGACCUACAGAGUCUUGCUAGCUUUAGCUCAAGCACAGAAGGAACUUCGAACUAAGAAUUCUUCUCAGACAGACAACUUUGAUCACGAGGCAUUAUUAGCGCAAAGAAAGUUGGAAACUGAAGCCUGGCAGGAUUUGGCUAGCAUUUACACAAAACUUGGUUUAUGGCCUGAUGCAAAAGUAUGCAUGGACAAAGCCAAGCUUAUUGAAUUUUACUCUCCUAGUAGUUGGCACACAACGGGACUGUUGUUUGAGGCGCAAGCGUUGUACAAGGAAGCUCUCAUUUCAUUCUCACUCUCCCUGUCGAUACAACCAGAUUAUGUCUCAAGCAUUGUUUCAACUGCUAAAGUGUUGAUGAAACUGGGCAGCCAAUCACUCCCGAUAGCAAGAAGCUUUCUGAUGAACGCUCUACGACUGGAACCAACAAACCACGAAGCGUGGUUUAACCUUGGAUUGCUUUCGAAAUCCGAAGGGUUAUUGCAGCAAGCAGCAGAAUUUUUUCAAGCUGCUCAUGAGCUCAAGAUGUCAGCUCCAGUGCAAAGCAUUGCUUGACAACUUCAAUAACAAUCGGCGAGUUCAUCAUAUCAGUUGUUCUGAAAGAUGGAUUUUCAUGCUUGCUCCACUCAUGUGUUGAUUAAAAUGUAUAAUAUUCCAUGGCUACCGCUUUGUAGCUUUUGAGUCAAAUGUCCUCUCACCGUUGCUUAAUAUUCUAAUACAAUGUAUAGUAUAGCAUUUAAUUGCCCCUUUGAUAAAUCUCAAGUAGUUUUCAGUUCAUCUCUUUUAAAUCAAAAUGCCGUUCCCGUACGCCAUUCACUUGUUAAAUUGUAUCAAAUAUCAAGCAAUUGAAAGCACAUGGUACCUUGCGUCACAAAUUAUUUUGUUGGAUUGUUGCAUUUAUUUUUUCUUGGUGGAAUUUGUUUCAUUGUUCCUCUGCUGAAAUUCAUUCUCUGGUACUUUGACUAGAAAAAAUAAGGGUAAAAGCAGCCCGUCUAUUGAAAAAGGGAGUAUUUGUUUGAAUAGUACAAAUGACAUCAAUGUCAUAUUAGGCUGAGAAAAUUAUGAAAAUAUAGCAUAGUUUGAUUAUUUGAUGGCUCAAAACCGUUUCCUAAAGGUUUCCUCUUUUUUUUGCCUUUCUUUCUUUCUAAUCCACCAUGAAAUUCUCCUAAAAACUAGAUUCGUGCUCGUUUCCAAAGAACAGUUGCAAACAAGGAAUCUGUCACUACGAUUUUUCAAAGGUUAACUAAUCUAAAGUUGCUUCAUUUGGAAAAAACAAAAAAGGCCUGGUCAAAAGUGUUGGGAGAU